ACCCAUAUUUUGAAAAUAUUCUUAUAGCUCUAAAACAACAAAUAAAAGCGGUAUAAGUAUUUUGUUUAUUUUGCCUGUUUCAUCAAGCAUUCAGUUUCCAACUAGACGACGAUAGAAACGCAAGUGCUAAUUUGCAUUGGCGACGACAAUCAUUCUUAAUGCAAAUGGUAUUUCAGUGUUAAAGACAAAUUGUUAUUUACAACCGCGAAGUGUGUGAACUUUAUUUGUGCAAGAAACUAUGCUCCUCAACCGAAACAAUGCCCUCCGUCUACUCCAGAUUAGGUAGCGUUCGGCCUCCAAAACGUUGCAGAAGUGAUAUGGAUACUACAUCAGCUUCAGACAUUGUUAUCAUACAUGGGAAUUCGCAUCCAGACUUAGCAAAUCUGGUGGCAGAGCGAAUGGGAAUCAAAAACGGAGGUUGUUCUGUUUUUCAUAAAACAAAUAGAGAGACGAUGGUAGAAAUUGGAGAUUCUGUACGCGGCAAAGAUAUUUAUAUUGUUCAAACGGGCACAAAAGAUGCGAAUAAUAAUAUUAUGGAACUACUAAUAAUGGCCUACGCCUGUAAAACCUCAUCUGCGCGAUCAAUUGUUGGUGUGAUUCCUUAUUUACCGUAUUCUAAGCAAUGCAAGAUGCGAAAACGUGGCUGUAUUGUAACCAAGUUGCUGGCAAAGAUGAUGUGCACCUCUGGCCUAACCCAUAUAAUUACAAUGGACUUGCAUCAAAAAGAAAUACAAGGCUUUUUUGACAUACCAGUUGAUAAUCUUAGAGCUUCACCAUUUCUUCUACAAUAUAUACAAGAAAGUAUACCCGAUUAUCGAAAUUCGGUGAUAGUGGCCCGCGAUCCAGGCUCUGCAAAAAAAGCAACAUCUUAUGCUGAGCGAUUACGUUUAGGUAUUGCUGUCAUACAUGGUGAGCAAAAGGAAGCAGAAAGUGAUGAAGUUGAUGGCAGAUACUCGCCUCCUCCAGUGAGGUGAGUUAUUUGUAUUCAAA